AUGGCACCGCAACAACAUAGAACUAAAUCUUAUGUAUUUCUCCAAAAACGUGCUAAAGCAAAUGAAAUUGAACGUAGUCAGCUCAUCGAAGAAUUAGAAUUAAUGCAUGGGCUGACAAAUAUUGCUAGUGUAAUAAUCCGAAGAGGAAUAGGUCUUCGACAAAGAGGCACGCACGAAAAAGCACUAAUGAUAUUUGACAAAGCAGUGGAGCUUUUCCCAACUGAUGCAUUUGCUUUAAAUCAUCUGAAACCUAUUGGGCCAGAAUAUUCGUUUCUUUAA